GGGCAGCAAAUAUGUAGUCUAGCAAAACAUUACAAAUAAAAUAACAGUAAUACAUUAUUUAUAGGAGAAGACCUUUCUUAUAUGGAAGGUGUUCUUACAGUACAAACACGACAGUCAUUCGAAGCGUGGUUUAUAUUUUUAACACAAUAAGUAUAAUCUUUGUUUUCCCUCUCGUUGAAUGCGGAAACAAUUAGCAUUUUCCAAUGCAGGAAGUUGAAGUGCUGUAACAUUUCGCAAUGAACAACUGGCACACGUCCAAAAAAGGAAAAGAAAAAAUAGAAAUGUUGUGUGUAUAAAAAGUACAACUGUUAUAAGCUUUAUUUUGAUUUUACAUUCCCAUCAACAUCCAACCGUAUUUACAGUGCAGCGUGGUGUUCGCGCUGUGCGUCAGUGUGAGAAGUCCCGGGUUCACGCCCGCUUUCUGCCUGUGUGUGUGGAUUGCCUCACCCUGUGUGAUGCGCCUGCCUGCGUUAAAUUAGAUUCUUAUGUAAAACUUACACAACUUAUUUUUUGUUUUACAACUAACAUAUGGGAAUCUCUGGUACUAAACAUUCAAUUAACGACCGGUCCGACCAUAUAAGCGCUACAUCUUGUUUUGUUGCGGUGGUUGUAAAGUAGAAUGAGGAACUGUACAUUAAAACAUUACGGUCAUGGCGGAGCAGAACUGGGAGUUGGAUCCAGCUGUCCUGCAGGCUAAACUAACCAUGAUGAAUGUAGACAUGAUGAAAUUUGUGGCCGAAUUGGAGGCAGGGUAUAAAAUAAUACGGGAGCAGAGACCCCAGGGGUACAGUCACGAGAUGAGAAGCGAGCUGAAAAGACUGAAAACCUUUGAAUGUUUAGAGUCAUAUUCGUCCUGGUCUCCUGAGGAGAUGGCUGAGAAUGGGUUCUACAGCACAGGCAUAAAAUCCAGCAUGCAGUGCUUCUGCUGUGGCUUAGUGUUUUGCACAAUGAGUAUCAAUAAAACUCCAAAUACAAGCCACCAAAAGGCAAGGCCUGACUGCGACUUCAUUAAUGGUAUAGAUGUGGGCAACAUACCAAAAUAUGAGGUCAAAGUUCAGAGAGGAGAGGUUGUUGCCGUGGAGAGAGUGGACGCUUACAAGAGUGAGGAGUUCAGGCUGGAGUCCUUCAAAGACUGGCCUUUCUAUUCCAAAGCAGACCCGGCCUCACUGGCAGCCGCUGGCUUUUUCUUUACUGGUGUAAAGGACAAAGUGCAGUGCUGUUGCUGUGGUGGGGCUCUGGCUCACUGGGAGGUAGAUGAGGAUCCCUGGAAAGAACACUGCAAAUGGUUUCCAGAAUGUGAAUAUGUGAAGAGCAAGAAAUCAAGUGAAGAAAUUGCAAAGUACACAAAGAGUUAUGAAGGGUUUCACGCAGUCACGGCAAAACAUUACUGCUCAGAAGUUUGGAUAGAUCUGGAGAAACCAGCUGAAACAGGCAACUCGGAGGUCAUCACAACCAUCUUUAAGUAUGAGGAAGUUCGUCUGGACUCCUUUAAAACAUGGCCAGAAGAUGCUAAAGCAGACCCCAGCAUGCUUGCAAAGGCAGGGUUUUUCUAUACAGGUACUGGGGAUGCUGUCCAGUGCUUUCAGUGUGGUGCAGGAUUAGUACAGUGGAAGCUGGAGGACGAUCCUUGGACAGAGCAUGCUAAAAAUAAUCCAAGCUGCCAGUUUGUUUGUUGCAUGAGAGGAGUCAAAGACGAGAACGAGAGUACAAGUAAAUUAACAACUUCGAAUGAGGCAGAAGCAGCUCAUCUGGAGAACACCGUCUCGAGUGCUUUGAAAGAAACAAACUCAUCCAUCACUGACCAAAGUGCUGAAGAAAACAUUUGGUUUUUAAAAGCAAAGGGCUUGUUUGUUCAGUUGAGGAAAGAGUAUAACAGCUUAAACUUCAGGAAAAUCUUCUCGUUAUCUGACUCUGUGCAUACUACCCCAGACCUCAAAAGUCUGUUUGCUUGGCUUCCCCUGAUUUCUAAGAGCCUGAAAAAUGAGCCAGUCCAUCAAGUUUCCCUUCCCGCCCUACUGAGAGAUCUGAGCCGCAUCACAGUCAUUGAAGGGGAAGUGGGCAGUGGAAAAUCAGCCUUGCUCAGGAGAAUUGCAAUUCUGUGGGCAUCUGGGAGCUGCCCUGUGUUGCAGAGGUUCAAGCUGGUCUUUUACCUCUCUCUCAACUCAUUGAGCAAUGAUCAGAGCCUGGCUGGAGCAAUCUCAGAAGAGCUGUGCAGCACAGGCACACACCUGACUGAGGAGUCUAUCAAUGAUAUCAUCUACCACCUGAAAGACCAGGUCUUAUUCCUGCUGGAUGAUUAUGGCGCUGCAGGUUCAGCUCCGAAAUGCAUUCAAGAUCUGAUUGUGAAGAACCACAUGUAUAAAGUCAGCGUGGUCAUUGGAGUCCAAACGAACAGAACAGCAGCAGUGCGUCAGUACGCAUCUUCAGUUCUCACAAUCGCAGCAUUCCCAGUGUACAGCACUGUAUUUAUCUUGAAGAAUCUCUUCUCCCACAACAUUACUCUUGUGGAAGGUUUUAUGGUUCAGUUGGGCAUGUCACAGUCAUUGCAAGGCAUUUUAAAAACACCACUUUUCACUAUUGCUGUUUGUGCUCUGUGGGUCCAGUACCCCCAAAAGAAUACCCACAACAGCGACAUUUGUGAAGCUUACCUGCACUAUAUUAAGCUGAAGCAUCUCCGUCAAUCAGAAAAGAUGAGAUGCAUGAUAUCAUUCUGUGGACACCUUGCCUUAGACGGACUGUUUGACCAGCGCUUUGAGUUCAGUGAUAAAGACCUCAAAGAUGCAGGGAUUGACGCUGAAGAGGCUAUCCAUCUGGGUUUAUUGAGCAAGUUCACAGCCCAAAUGCUCAAGCCUGUGUACAAAUUCUUUCAUGCGUCUUUCCAGGAGUACCUGGCUGGCAAGCGCCUGAGUGAGCUCCUUGAAUCUGACUCCCAGGAAUAUGUGGAGAAAGGCUGCCAUUAUCUGAAGAAAAUUGACACGUUCCUGAAGAUCAUGAUUCAUUAUAAAUUCUUAUUGCUCUAUGCAUGCAGUUCCUCUGCAUUAGCCACUCAGAAAAUUGUCAACCACUUGUUUCGUGUUGCUGAAAGCAAAGGGUUUUACGACUCCAGUUCGGAGAAUGGCAGGCAUGUGCCCAAUUAUCUGGAAUUUUCUGUUCUUCAAGAUUUCUUAAGCGUUGUCCUACCUAUGGGAACUGACUUGGACAUUUUAAAGGAUCAUUUGCUAGAGUUUGCAGUUGGAGUUGCUUAUUCUGGUAAAUCAGUCUCUGCCUGCGCUCCUCGUAUCCUGGAAUACGUCACUGGUAAAAGUUUAAACCUUGGAGAUUCAAGUGCGUUCAAUCAGUUUAUUAGAGAAUACCCUGAGUCUCUGGAAUUAUUGAGUGACAUAAACAUAGUAAUAUCUGGACGCAAAAAAGACAAAAUUCCAGACUUUGUGAAAAUGGGUAAGUUGUUAGAACCACAUGGCAAGCCAGUUGUUGAAGAAGAGUUUGCCUCAGCUUACCAACUUAUAAGUAGUGUUGCUGAGAAAACACAUGCUAACAGUGAAAACAUUGAGAAAUUCAGAGGGAUGCAACACAGACAACUUCCAGACUCCAUAGGUCAAACUUUCUUAACAGCAGAAGGCAAGCAUAAAAUGCCAUUGCUCACACUUAAUGUGCUUCAUGUGGAUGGAAUAGAUGAAAGGGACUGCAAGAAUCUGAUGGUGCUCUUUUCAGUUGCGGAACAAGUGGAGUUAACCUUGAGUAACAGUGAAGGAUUUCUUGAAAGUAUUCAGCCUGCUCUUGAGAUACACAAAGGGAUUUUCCGAAAAAUCAAAGUUCAUUGCACCCAUUUAAGUAAACAGGAGGAAGAACUGAUUGUAUCGAUGUCUGCCCUUCAAUCGUUGCAUUUGACAUUCAGCCAAGUGCCAGAGUAUUUGAUGCAAAAUUUGGAUACAUUUUGUCACCUUAAAGAGCUAUCAAUUGAUAGUCCAAGUGACAGCAAAGUGUUUGACAAGAUACCUAAUGGCUUCGGAAGUCUUCACCAUAUGGAAAAACUCAUUAUUAAGAAUGUGACCCUCAUGGAAGAUUCCAGCAGGCUUGCCUGGUUUGUUCAGCAAUUUUCCAAUCUCCAGGUUUUCCACCUCAGUUGCAGUAGCUGCCCAGGGUUGGCUGAUAUCAUUACUGCACUUGCAAACUGCAAGAAGCUUGAACAGAUCUCCUUUACACGUUCUACUAACAGUGAUCUUGGGGAUUUACCUUUUGUGUCAUCUUUACCAAACUUCAAAAACCUUAAGAUCUUGAACCUGAAUUCACAGUGCUUUGCAAAACACGAAGAGGCUGGCUGUUUUGCUCGUGCCCUGGGAUCUCUGGCUUGUUUAGAGGAGCUGAAUCUUCCUUCAGGAAAUGGUGUAAAAUCAACCAUCUCCAUUGUAAUUGAACAGUUUCAGCAUCUCAAACACCUGAGAGUUCUCUCAGCCACUCAAGUGCUUGUGGAUAGUAACCUGUAUGAGUUAGCAAAAGCUGCCAAAGAAGGACAUCUUCAAGCAAUUCAAAGACUGGAUCUCUGUGCCAACCAUGACAUAACAGACUCCGGCUGGAGAAACUUCUUUCUUACUUUGGACGGCAUGCCUGACCUAAAGGAACUGAUCCUCAGCAGGUUGUAUACUUGCAGCCUGCAGCCUGCCGACUCUACAGUGAGGGCUUUUGUGCAGUGCGUCUCACGGCUCAGCAGUUUAAUGCAAAUCGUGAUGUUUGGCUGGCUGCUGGACACGGAGCAUCUCACCAUGUUUGAUAAGAUGAAGGAGCAGCACCCACAGUCAAAGUUUCUCAAUAUCAUGUGGAAGUGGGUACUGCCCUUUGCACCAGUCAUACAGGACGGAACACCCUAGAUUAUAACACCAGCACUCAGUAAUAGCUGUUUAAAUAGACGCUGUGACUGUUAUUUUUUACAUACUUAUUAUAUAACUGUGAAAUUAAAGUUUGAUUUUGACAGCUGCCAUCAGCAUGUACUUCCUUAUGAUAGCAUUGUUUUUAUUUCUAGAUCAAUACAGACUAGUCUACUGUAGAUUAAAUAAUUUACUAUAGAUCCAAUAAUCUAUACCUCAUCUCCAACACUGUACUAAUAAAAGAACGUGCUUGCCCACCCUAUACUUACACCUGAUAGAAUAACUUUUAUUGUUCUGUUGAUUUGUGGCUGUGGUCAGAGUUAUAAUAAUGUAUACUGACAUUAUACAGCUGUGUUGUUAUUCAUUGCUUUCCAGAUGUCCCAUAAACGUUCAUAUUGUUGUUUAAAGUACCUGUCUGAUAAUAACAAAUGUCACCCUUUUAAUUGAUCAAAAUAUUAAACAGUAAGUUACUGUUUGCAGUCCUUUGGCGUGCUCUUAUUGUCUUGACUCGGACGCUGCGGUUUGCUUUUGACAAGUCUGUUAAGGGCCGUUCACUUGAGCUCAGGAGCUGCUCUUGAGUUUUUCGUUAUGAUAAAGAUUAGGGUUACAGAAGAGUAAAAGUUUGGAUUAGGGUUAUUGUCUUAAUUGCGAUUAAUUUAACAUUUUUAUAUCCUAUUAUUCACUACAGUUGAUUUUCUUUAUCAUUAUUUACCAUGCAUACUAAUUAUUGAAGUAAAAUAAAUAAAUAAUCAACCACUGUGUCUUCGGAAAAAUCUGAAUUUCUGAAGUUACUAACAGUUGCUACUGACUGUUUUUUGUCCUGUAAUUAACUUUUCAUAUAGAGGUAUAUUGCAUUUGUAAACCUGUGACUUCAUAAAUAAAUACAACUAGACACAAUAAACUUAUUUUAUUUAGCCUUUUUUUCUAUAUCGCUUUGAAAUUUGUAUUUUAAUAAAGUACCCAAAAAGCCAGACAAAAAGAAUGCAAUUUCCAAAACAUUUUAUACAAUGUAGUGCAGCAUUUCCUAUACUCAUAUUGAAAUCUAAAGUUAUAGAAUCCAUUCUUACAAGCUUUUAAUAAACAAACCAUGUUUAAUGAAAACAGGAUUCAACCAAGAACGAGAAAGUUCGCCUUUUAUGUUAUUAAAAAAAGGGGGGGGGGAUUUGUAAUUUCGUGAUUAUGUUUUAUAAACACAGUGUGGACAGAAAUGUGGUAUCACCAUUCUGAACUAUAAAACACUCAAGUGU